AUGUUAAAAGAAGAAGUAAUUAAAAAAGAAUGCAUAAAAAAUGACCAUAAAGGCUUCUAAAUUGUUGCUGUUGAUCUUUCAGAUGAAUUAAUUAAAGAAAGUGAUCAAAAAAAAUAUUAUUGUGUGAAAUGUCUUCUAGAAAAGAUUGGAAAUAAAAAGAUUAUUCUUUUUGAAGAAGCAAUAAAAAAGAGUGAAAUUGUUAACUAAGAGUUAAAAAAAUGUACAGCUGAUAAACAAAAAGAAACAAGGGAAAGUAUUUAAAAACUAUCAGAUGUAAUCAAAUCAAUAGAAGGAAGUUUUAAAAAAUAGUUUGAUGAUUUAAAGAAACAGUUAGAAAUACAAAUAGAUAAUGAAUAGAAAAAAUUAGAUAAAAUUCCAGAACCCACUACUCCAAAUGAUGAUAUUAAACUUUUGUCAAGUUGUUAUCAAGAAGAUGGUAAAUUAGCAAGUCCUCCUCCAAAUAUAGAUUAUAAAGAAAUUACAGAAUCUUUAAUUUAAAUUAGAAAAUUACUUAAAUAAUUAGAAAAUUUUGAAUAAUUACAGGAUGUAGACAAAGAAAUAUAGAAAAUAGAAUAGACAUGUUCAAUUAAUUUAGAGAUUAAUGAAAAAUACAAAGUAAAUAAAUAUAUUUAAUAUUUAGAAAACUCCUGCUUUAAAUGUAACAUGUGAUACUCAUAAAAUGGAAAUAAUUAUGUUUAACUUAAAUCAAGAUUAAUUUGAGUAAACAAAUCCAUUUUUAUGUGUUGAAUGUGCAUAAGAUCUUUUAACAAGAGGUAAUAAGGCUGUUUCUAAUACAAUAUCAUUAAUGAAGGCAGAAGAAAAAUGGAAUGAGUACAUUAAAGAGUAAAUGGAAAAAAGAUCAUAAAGAUAAUCAAGACUUAAUUAAGCUAUUGCAUUUAUUAAAAAAUUAUAGGAGAAAUAAAAUUCAGAAUUGAAUAAAAUGAUAUAAUCUCUUAAUGAAUAAUUAAAAAAAUAACCUAAAGAAUAUGAAGAACUUAUGAAAUUAAGAAAUACUCAUCUAAAAAAUUAAGAUAAAUAGAAUCUUCUUGAAAUUGUUAAAAUUCUUGGUUAAUAAAAAAAUAUUGAAUUUAUUUCAAAUUAAGAAGACUUAGAGUUAUAUUAAAGUCAAAAGAGAAUAUUAGAAGAACUAAUUAAAGAAAAUUUAGUAAUAGAAAAUUAAUUAUAAUGGCUUUAGAAUUAUGAUAAAUGUAUAUUAUUUAAUUAAAAUUAGUACCCAAAAGAUCAAAUGAUUCUGAAAAUGAAAAAGAAGUAGUAGAAUUUCUUAAAAAAUCAACUAUUCAAGAUUUAUAUUUAUCCUUCUUUGAAAUGUCUUUUAAUUCUUUAAGUUAAUUUAAAAAAGAAGAAAAUGAUUUAUAAUUAUAAGGAAAACUUUUAAAAAUACAAUCAUCAGAUUAGGAAAAUCAAAAUGAAGCACUUUAAAAUUAACGAAAAUGGUAUUAAUAAUUCUAGUAGAGCUAAGCUAAAUUAGAAAAAUUUAAAAAGGUUGAUGAAUUAUAAAGAUCAAAAGAAGAAUAUGAUGAAUUAUUAAUGUAAAAUACAGAAAAUGAAAAGAAAAUAAAAUAUUUAGAAACUUUGAAUAACAAUUUGAAAACAUAAGUUUAGAAAGCAGACAUAAAAAUUGAAAGCAUGAAUUAAAUGAUAUCGAAGAAUAAGAUUCAGAAUUAAGAAGUGAUAGAAGAGAUACAAAAAGUAUAUUCAAUUUAACAAUUAUAAUGGAAGACAGGAGAUACAAGAUUACUUUAAUAUGAUUAUGCCUAAAAGAUAUACAGAAAAAUAGAAGAAAGAACUAAAAAAUAAAUAAAAAAUAAAUAUUUGUUAUGUUCUUUAACUGGAUGGUAGUUAAACUUCUCUAAAUUAUGGUGUUCUAUAGAUAAAAUGUCAUCUUUGUUAAUGAUUUUUAAAUCAAAAAGCCAAUUUAUUUUUGGUGGAUUUUCACCUUGUUAAUGGCUACUAAAAAGUGGUGGAAACAAUCAAAAUGAUUAAGAAUUAUAAUCAUUUUUAUUUUCUUAGACUUAAGAUGAAAUUUAUCCUCUAGAAUCAAAAUCAACAGCUAUUUCUGGUAGCGAAUCAUAAAUAAGUUUUGGAAGCUAAGACAUUAUAAUAAACAAUAAUUUUCAAGAAGGAUCAUCAAAUUUAGGAUAUUCAUAUUCAACUAUUCAAUAUAAGAUACCUAAUAAAUAAAAUCAUUUAUUCGGAUCACCUAAACCAAAUAUCAUGGUAUGUGAGGUUAUCAUGUUAACAUUUGUUUGA